AAAUUAACGAAUCCCCAACAAUCCCAAACGUGUACUCGCCCACACUUUAUCACUUUGCCUCUUUCCGAGUCUCGUUCCAUUUAGCUAUAGCUGAGAGAAAAAAGAGAGUCCUUUACACUUCUUUUUUUUGCUCCUUUUUUUCUCACAGAGAGAGAGUCAGAGAAUCAGGGGUGUAUGGGUAUGGAGGCGACGACGAGCAACAGCGUCAUCGCACCGUUCGUUAUGAAGACUUAUCAGAUGGUCAAUGAUCCGAUGACGGACAGUCUGAUUUCAUGGGGUCACGCCAAUAACAGCUUCAUCGUCGUCGAGCCUUUAGAUUUCUCUCAGAAAAUUUUGCCUGCUUUUUUCAAGCACAACAAUUUUUCCAGCUUCGUUCGCCAGCUCAAUACUUACGGGUUUCGAAAGGUCGACCCAGAUAGAUGGGAAUUCGCAAACGAGUGCUUUCUUCGAGGCCAAAAGCAUUUACUUAAGAAUAUCACGAGAAAAAAGCACUGUAACAGUGGCAGUAGUAGCAGCAGCGGCAACCGGGGAGUACCUCCCCACACUUUCUCGGCGUCCAAACAACUGGACUCGACAGAGCUGGACGAUGAAGAGAUAGUGAUGGAGAUUGCUAGGCUUAAGCAAGAACAGAGAACUUUAGAGGAAGAGCUUCAGGGGAUGACAAAGCGGCUUGAAACCACUGAAAGGAGACCGCAGCAGAUGAUGGCCUUCCUCUAUAAGGUCGUUGAGGACCCUGAUAUUCUCCCUCGUAUAAUGAACCAGAACAAACAUCACCUCACCGAGAAGAAAAGACGCCUCGCCAUAUCCUCUGCCACUUCUUCUAAUUCUUCCGGAGGCGGUGGCACCGCCCCCACCACUGCCGCCGGGACGAGCACUAAUAACUCGCUCAAGACCGAGGACGAAGACGAGGUCGUUGCGAGUGAAGCGGGUUUUGAAUUGGAGAGUUUUUACCAUUUUAAUCAGUCUUCUUCGUCAUCACCAGAGAAUCCGCCGUCGAGAUGGGGGGACCAGCGAGCUGACCGGUUUAUUUCUCAUGACGGUUAUUAUAAUGGUUUUCCCACAAUUAAUCCAAACUCGAUGUCAGCGGUUUCUUCGGGUCGGGUAGCGGACUCCAUGUCGGUGAUGACGUCAUCAUCAAUGCCGGCGCCGGCGAGAUUUGUUUCUGGAUAUGGGAAUGGUAGUAGUAGCAAUAGCAAUAGUGGGCAAAUAGGUUACUUUACAGGAGUAGUGGCUGGGAUGGAAUCCAGUAAUCCUGAUCCAGCUCCACCGCCUUAUCCAUUUUCAUUGUUUGGAGGUGGUUUUUAAUUCCUUACUUCACCAUAUAUUGUCUUCUUUCUUUCAUUUUCUAUCUUUUUCAUUUCUAUUUUAUUUAUUUUUAUUUUUUAUUGUGUAUUUCUUUCAUUAUCUUACUUUUCGCUUUUUUUUUUUUUAUUGUAAACCAAAGAUUAAUAAUAUGUUCAAAUAUUAUCUGUCGCCAGGAAACUACCAAUCGCAUGAAUAUUUUGAAUAUCUAUGUUUUGAACAUCUGAUCUUA